UCGACAGCCCUAUCCUCAAAGAGCUGAUUUAACACCCGGAUCUGAACUCCCACCCACUACGGGGUUGGCUCUUGCUGCGCACUCACUGUACAAAACGAAUGCAUUUAAUAUUAAUGAACUCGUGUAUUGGCUCAUACCCGUGUCAAUCCCAAAGUGCUACUUCACUAGGUUGGCUGACCCCUUGUAUAUUAUUAGUGAGGACCAGGCUAAAAGUAAAAAUGUUGCGGAUCCUCGGCACUGGGACAGGCUGAAUGGAGUCAACGUUGAGCGCAAAUAAAAUCAUUCUACAUUCACCCGGAGCGCACAAAAUAUUGUUUUACAAAAAUCUAGUUGAAACAGCUGGAUACUGAAUGUGCGGGUCAGAGGACGCCACCAUGGGCGUCUUUUGAUACUGGCUUCCUGUAGUUCUCCGUAGACGUCCCGACCCUCAGCCUCCACAUGCCUCCAUCUCCCCUUGACGACAGAAUUGUGGUGGCGCUGCCAAGGCCGAUCCGACCUCAGGAACUCCGACUGCGCCUGGAUACCAGCUACCUGGACACCAGCUACCUGGACACUACUGUCACCAGCCCCGUCAGCAAGACGACCGUCAUCAGCACAACGGUGGUGAAGAUCCGGGCGACCAACCUCACUUAUAUGCCCUCAUCUAACGGCUCCACGCGCUCCCUGUCGUGUGGAUGCACCAGUGCCAGCUGCUGCUCGGUCACCACCUACGAGAAGGACAGCCAGCAGAACCAGCGCCAGCAGCAGAGCCACGUCAGCCAGGUGAGCGCCAGCAGCCCCAACCUCAGCUAUGCUGGACCCGCCUCCUCCAACCCCAUAGUCACGGGCAUGGGCAUGAUACACCAUGAGGCCUUCAGCGACCCUAGUCUCACCUCUGGCCCAACCAAGGCUCUAGGGUCCACUGUCCGGGUCAUCCACCCCAAUGAGCUGGCCAAGCGGAUGGCCAGGUGCCCCAUGGGCCACCCGGUCGGGCCGGUGCCGGUCAUCAUCGACUGCCGGCCCUUCAUGGACUACAACAAGAGCCACAUCCAGGGUGCGGUGCACAUCAACUGUUCGGACAAGAUCAGCCGGCGACGACUGCAGCAGGGCAAGAUCACCGUGCUGGACCUGCUCUCGUGCCGUGAGUCCUCCGGCAAGGACUCCUUUAAGGGCAUCUUCUCAAAAGAGAUUGUGGUGUACGACGAGAGUACAAUGGAUCCCCAGAGGGUGACCUCCUCACAGCCCCUUCAUGUGGUCCUGGAUUCGCUGAAGAGGGAGGGAAAGGACCCCAUCGUUCUCAAAGGGGGCCUCAGCUGCUUCAGACAGAACCACCAGAACCUGUGUGACCACUCCCUCCACCUCCAUGAGAGCCUGGACGCCGGCAUAGGCGUCAGCGGGGCUUCCGGCCACACGGGGGCGCUACCUCACUCCAUGUCCCUGCCCUCCACGCCGGACAUUGAGGACGCCGAGCUGACGCCCAUCCUGCCCUUCCUGUACCUGGGCAACGAGCACGACGCGCAGGACGCCCACAGGCUACAGCGCUACAACAUCGGCUUUGUGCUCAACGUCACCACCCACCUGCCGCUCUACCACUACGACACAGGCCUGUUCAGCUACAAGCGGCUGCCAGCCACCGACAGCAACAAGCAGAACUUGAGGCAGUACUUUGAGGAGGCGUUUGAAUUCAUCGAGGAAGCACGGCAAGCGGACAUGGGCCUCUUGAUCCACUGCCAGGCAGGCGUGUCUCGCUCGGCCACCAUCGUCAUUGCCUACCUGAUGAAGCACACCUGGAUGACCAUGACGGACGCUUACAAGUUCGUCAAGACCCGGCGGCCCAUCAUCUCCCCCAACCUCAACUUCAUGGGCCAACUGCUGGAGUUCGAGGAGGACCUGAACAACGGCAUCACACCACGCAUCCUCACGCCAAAGCUCAUCGGGGUGGAGACCAUGGUUUAGGAGGACACCUGCCAUUCCUGGUUUAGGAGGACAUCCCACUCACUCUACGGGCUACUCUUGACAGGCUGAUUCUGAGAGCGAAAUCACUUUAUUUCAGAAUCUCCUAGUCAUGCUCUUCUGGGACUGUCACAGGAGUGCCAAGGUUCUGGGUCAACGGCGAUGAGAAACACCCCAGAAUACCUGCUGUUCCGAACUGGCUGGCUUCCUGGAGGAACAAUAGUGUUGGGGAGAGAAAACGGUCAGUGGGAAGCUGUCGUGCAUGACCAUGGAGGAGCAAAAACAUGUAAGGAAAGGAAAAUAGAUUAACUAUUUCUGAAGAAAAAAAACAGCAUGUACUGUGGGGACUUAGCAGGUUAGCAGUGAGAGAAACUGACUCUUCAGACUCACACUGUGCUGUGGCUCAUGGUUAUUGUUGCAGGCAGGCUGGGGCCGAGCUGGCCGAGGCGGUGCCUGUCAGAAAAGAUGAAGACUUGUUUGGUGUGUUAAUGUUCUUGUUCUAUUUUUAUACAGGGGUUUAUGGGGGUGACCAUGACAAGCCCAAAGUGGCUUACUGUGCAAUAAUUUCUGAGUGGAAUGCGGCUGGGAGCUUGAUCUUAUUUGUAUAUAUGGGUAUUCAAUGACGAUAAAACAUUUCCAGUUCGCCACUGAUUUGACAUGAAGUAACCUUUUUUUAAUUAAUUGUUGUUAUCGAUUCUGUAUUUUUUUUUACGCAUACCAUUGAGCUGUUACACUAUAUAUAUAUAUAAAAGUAUUUGGACACCCCUUCAAAUUACUGGAUUCGGCUAUUUCAGCCACACUCGUUGCUGACAGGUGUAUAAAAUCGACCACACAACCAUGGAAUCUCCAUAGCCUAACAUUGGCAGUAGAAUUACCUUACUGAAGAGCUUAGUUGUGUUCAACGUGGCACCGUCAUUGGAUGCCAGUUUUCCAACAAGUCAGUUCUUCAAAUUUCUGUGGGCGGCAGGUAGCUUAGUGGUUAGAGUUUUGGGCCAGUAACCAUAAGGUUGCUAGAUCGAAUCCCCAAGCUGACAAGGUAAAGAUCAGUCGUUCUGCCCCUGAACAAGGCAGUUAACCCACUGUUCCUAGUCCGUCAUUGUAAAUAAGAAUUUGUUCUUAACUGACUUGCCAAGUUAAAUAAAAAGUGCUGUUAUUUUUAAGUAGAAAUGUCUAGGAGCAACUACGGUUCAGCUGCGAAGUGGCUCACAGAACUCACAGAAUGGGACCGCGCAGUGCGAAGAAAUAGACUGUCCUCAGAUGCAACACUUGAGUUCCAAAAUGCCACUGGAAGCAAUGUCCGCACAAUAACUGUUCAUCGGGAACUUCAUGAAAUGAGUUUCCAUAGCUGAGAAGCUGCACGCAAGCCUAAGAUCACCAUGCGCAAUACCUAGCAUCGGCUGGAGUGGUGUAAAGCUCGCCGCCUUUGGACUCUGGAUCAGUAGAAAUGCGUUCUCUGGUAUGAUGAAUCAUGCUUUACCAUCUGGCAGUCCGACGGACUAAUCUGCGUUUGGCGGAUGCCAGGAGAACGCUACAUGCCCCAAUGCAUAGUGCCAACUGUAAAGUUUGGUGGAGGAGGAAUAAGGAUCUGGGACUGUUUUUCAUGGUUUGGGCUAGGCUCCUUAGUUCUAGUGAAUGGAAAUCUUAAGGCUGCAGUAUACAAUGUCAUUCUAGACGAUUCUGUGCUUCCAACUUUGUGGUUACAGUUUGGGGAAGGCCCUUUCCUAUUUCAGCAUGAUUAUGCCCCUGUGCACAAAGCGAGGUCCAUACAGAAAUGGUUUGUCGAGAUCGGUGUGGAAGAACUUGACUGGCAUGAACAGAGCCCUGACCUCAGCCCCAUCGAAAACCUUUUGGAUGAAUUGGAAUGCAGACUGCGAGCCAGGCUUAAUCGCCAAACAUCAGUGCCCGACCUCACUAAUACUCUUGUGGCCAAAUGGAAAAAAGUCCCCGCAGCAAUGUUCCAACAUCUAGUGGAAAGCCUUCUCAGAAGAGUGGAGACUGUUAUCGCAGCAAAGGAGGGACCAACUCCAUAUUAAUGCCCAUGAUUUUGGAAUGAGAUGUUCGACGAGCAGGUGUCCACAUACUUUUGGUCAUGUAGUGUACGUUUGGCACAAGUUAGAUUGAUAAAAUAUAUGUUUUUUAUGUAAAAUUCUUGGCACUGGUUUGUCUUAGUUGUCUGUGUAUAUUUGUUUAAUUAUGUUUACUCUUCAAAAAUAUAUGAAACCAUUCACAUUGUCUGUGUUUUUUAUUUUGUCACUGUGUUUUUCCAUCUCCCAUCUCCCAUCAACAUCAACCAUACCAUUUGUUUUUAGUAAUACAUUUACUGCCAUAAAGAGCUUUGUACCACAAGUUUACUGAACGCAGAUUGCUCCUCAAACAAAAUGGUGGUUAUCCUGUUUUAAGUAUUACUUCAUUUGUAAAGUAGAUUUGAGGACUAUUCACUGCCUGCUAUAGUCUCUCCUGUUCCUUUUUAAAUAGUUUUCCCGCUUCUAACUUGUCCCAUUUGAAUGUAGUGUCUAACCUCUAUAGAUAUAUUUUGGUCUAGUUGCCCUUGAAGUGUACGUUACUACAUUUGCUCUCUGAGUAUUGCCUAGUAUGAUUUACUACAUCACAAGGUAACAGCUGUCCGUGAAUUGGGCCUCUGGCAUCAAAUGGACAUUGUAUCCAGAGACUGUGGUAGAAGCAAGGUACUGUAACCCCUUUCUAAUAUUUUGAAACCUCCCAGCUCUGCCGCUAAGCUAACGAGCAGCUCUUGUUCCGCUGCCUCGCGUAACGCCAAGCGCGGCUGUCACGUGCAGUACUAGUGCCUCUAUUGAUGCCUUAACUAACUCCUGUCUUUUCACCACGGGGCCUGUUUGCUCCACUGUACAGUGCAGGCCAUCAUCGCAUGCAGACAGAAGCAGCCGAGCAGGCUGGGGUCGACUUCGCGGCCUGCGGAUACAAACCAACCCUUCAGCAUCAGUAGUCAACUCUGUGAUACGUUCAAAGCGAUAUUAACACAGUUUGUUUCUUGGUAGUCUUAAACAAAUCCUCUUUAAAACAAAAGUAUACACCUCACACACAUGGUUAUGGGCUUAAAAAAAGAAGUAGAAAUGUAUUUGCAUCCCAAUUUCACACUUUAUAAUCAGCACAGAAGACUGAAAUAUAACAAAAUUGUUUGACAUAGAAACACCAGAUUUUCAGCGUGAAAAAAAAGAAAUGAUUUGGUCAUUUGACUGCAGGAAAGGGGUACUAAUGUGACUUUGAUCUGGUGCUGAAUCAUUAGAAAGGAGAAGUGAGAACCUACGUGAAGUGUAGGCUAGGCCUAUUCCGCACAGAACUCUCUGUUACGGUGGCUGUGGGAGUGUGCAUGAUCCCACACGGAACUUUUGAAUAUCAACAAAAGAUGAGUCAUUAAAAUGUUUCCUUGCAUAAGGCAUGCUGUUUUAAACAAGACAACUUGCAACCACUUAGCUGCUAAUUAUGUUGAUGCUUAGUUUUGGACCUAGCUAGCAUUAGCGUUAGUGUUAGCGUUAGCGGGACAACUGGCAUAUUAGACAACGAAAAAUAAAACAGAGUCGUAUUCAUUAGGGCGUUUCUCAGUCCAAGUGAUCCCUCCCUGUUUGGCUCAAUUUUCUUCCAUUUAGUACCUAAUGAAUACCACCCAGAAACAAAGACAUAACAUGGAAUCGUACAGUAAUAUCUGAAUCAAUUAGGAAAAUGUACUUUUUUGUUUGUUAUGCCUUUGCACGCGCAAUCAUAAUAUUUGUUUCGUAGUGUCCUUGGGGUUUGAACCGUAGUUACUUUGCAUAGUUUGUAUACCGUUGCUACUGCUGCACCCAAAACAUAUAGUCCUCUCAAGAAAGAACGAGAUCGUCGAGGGAGACUGCAAAGUAAGCGUUUGCAAAGGUAAAGAGAAUACAAAGCAUUUAUUUAACUACAAAAGAUCUCUCUAUGUAUAAGGUUGAGAAAUUAUAUUUUCAGAAUUCUCACCUAUACUUCCUGUCUUUGGUUGCUAUGAUAAUGUACAUUGGCUAUGAUAUGGUUGCUAUGAUCAUGUACAUUGGCUAUGAUAUGGUUGCUAUGAUCAUGUACAUUGGCUAUGAUAUGGUUGCUAUGAUCAUGUACAUUGGCUAUGAUAUGGUUGCUAUGAUCAUGUACAGUACAUUGGUGUAUAUUGGUGCUCUACAAACACUUUAUUUGGGUAUGAUAAAGGUCUAUAACAGUUUACCACACAUUUGUAGCUUGUACAUUUAUAUGAAAUUAUAACCAUCUACAAUAAAGUACACAUCCUAAAAAAUAUAGAACUGCCAUUUAUAUCCACUGGUUCUUAAUCCUAUGUCCUUAAUGGCACAUAUUGGCUUUUCAUUUGUAAUUACAGUACAUGGUAUUGGAUUGAUAAAUGUAAACGUUGUACAUUAUUCUUCUUCUCUGGUUGGGAAACAAAGCAUGUCUGUUGUGUGUCCCCAGUCCAUUCUCUGUCCAAUGAUUCUCUCUCACUGUGGAGGUCAAGAUUUCAUGCUUUUGGUUACGCCCCGAAUGACAUCCUAUUCCCUACAUUGUAAACUUAUUUUGAUAGGAUUUGUCAAAAGUAGUGCACUAAAUAGGGAAUAGGGUGCCAUUUGGAAUGUACAUUUGUGUUUUGUCAAGGCGGUUUUGAGUGACAGCCCCCUGAAAGGGGAUCAUAUAAACCUGUCAUAUUUGAUGUGGGACUGUUUAUGGCUAGACCUGUUUAAGAGUUUCUGCUUUGGGCUCGGAGACUCUGGGGAGAGCAGGGGGUCACUAUACAAGUGUAUGUACUGUACAGUCAGUCAUUGUGUCUGUCUAUAGUUCCGCAGUUAAAGUACAUACACUAUAUUCACAACUUUCUUUCUAUGCAUAUAUCUAUUACUAUUUUUGCACUGACCUAUGGAUGGACAGCUGGAUUUUAUUUUUUCACACAAAGGGUGCUAUUAUAACGGAGGCCUUCUCCCUGACAACAGCUUUUUGCAUGACCUGCUCAAUAUUCCCCCUUAUGAAGGAUCUAUGACCCUCUCCUCUUCUAUUCUUAAAUCGUUUCGGUUUAAGCACUGUCAUUUUGUAAUCCCUUACCCUACUUGUGAUGUUUGAAAUAAACAGAGAGGCUAAAAGUUUA